GUAUUCUCCGGUUUUUGUUGUUAUUCACAUUUCACGUUUAAAUAUUUGGAAUAAAAUGUUUCGUUUACGUUGCUAUUAUAAAAAUGUAAAUAAAAAUCUGCAAAUUCUUUUCAAAGAGCAAAGAUGUAGCAAAGCUACUAGUUCCAUAAUAGAUAAAAAAUCAGAUGCAGUUAGCGCAGGAGGAGAGCAACGUGGUUCCACUGUCAAAACGGCGUCAACGGACGUAAAACCAAAAGCACGUUUGCCAUUAGUAAAAACAUUCUUCUUAGGCGAAGUGGAUAAAGAUUUAUUAGCCUUUCCCGAAGUUAUAGUUCGUGAGGAUAUGACAGACUUACAAAAUGCGAUACUCCCGUUUAAAGGAUUCUUUAAAAGUGAAGAAAGUAAAACCUUAAACACAGAUACAAUGAAUCAGAUAAAGGAUUUGGGUUUAUAUGGCAUAAAUGCACCUAUUGACAAUGACGGAAAAGGUUGGGAUUGGAGUGCUAGCUUAAUAGCAAGUGAACCAGAAUCAGAUAAUAUGGAAGCUGCUUUAGCUUUAUUAUCACAUCGAGUCAUCAUUGAUAUAUUAAAAGAGCAGGGCAAUGAAGCACAUCAGAAAUUUUUACAACAAUUAACCAACGGUGAUCUUGUUGGAGCUGAAGCAAUUUUUGAAUAUAACGUACCAGAAUUUGAUUUUUUCAACACAAAAGCAAAACCAAACCUAGAGGAUAAAACUUGGGUAAUAAAUGGAGAAAAAGCAUAUGUAGUUACUGGUCCACUUCCAGAAGGAAGUAGAAAUCUAUUUCUGGUAAUUGCACAAACUCAACGUCCAAAUGUAAAAGGUGAUGCUGCGAAUGGUAGCACAUUAUUUUUGGUUGAUGCCGCAACGCCUGGUGUUAAGCUUGGAGAGCUGCAUUCUACCAUUAGCUGCAAUGGACUACAAAUGCGAAGAGUGCAAUUCCAAAACGUUAUUUUACCCGAUAGUUGUGUAAUUGGUGAACCAUUUGAAGGUGGUCAGGCUGCUGAGACUUUAGUUCGGUCACAGCGUUUACGCAUGUCAAUGGUUGGCCUAGGCUUAUCUAAAGCUAUUGUUCAAGAUAUGGCAAAAUAUUGUGUGAAUAAUAAACAAUGCGGUGUGGAUUUAAAAGAUUUAGAUAUUGUACGUACACAUUUAUCAAAAUCGCUCUGCACCACCUACGCGCUAGAGAGCAUGAUUUACUAUACUGCUGGUCUUUUAGAUGAGUUCAAAGAACAAGAUGUUGGCAUGGAAGUUGCAAUAACAAAGUGUUACGGUUUAACGAAUGUUUUCAAAGCUGCGUGCAAAUGGAUGGAUAUGUUGGGACCCAAAUCAAUACUCACUUCACAAGCAACUGAAAAAAGUUUACGCAAAGCUGCGCAGCUAUAUGCACAGGGUGAAUCCAUGGACACACUUAGAUUAUUCAUUGCAGUUACCGGUUUGCAACAUGCCGGCGUGUUGAUGCAAGACAAUAUACGAAAGUUCCGUAAUCCGCUUUUUCAUCCUGGAGCAAUUUUCGAUAAAAUUUUCAAGACUGGCAAUGUUGAUGAACCCAAAACUAAUAUGCGUUUAGGUGAAGCUCUUCAUCCAUCUUUAGAUACUGCGGCUCAAUUGUUUGAACACUCAGUGGCACGUUUACACAUGAGUGCUGAAUUAUUGUUAACUCGUUAUGGCACUACUAUCCUUGAACAACACAAUGAGUUAAAUCGUACAACUGAAAUAGUAAUGUAUCUCUAUGCUAUGUUUGCCAGUCUUUCGCGUGCUUCACGAUCCUAUUGCAUUGGAUUGACACUGUCUAAACGUGAAGUAUUGCUCGCCUCCAGCAUUUGCAUACAUGGACACGAUCGCGUAAAAGUUCUUGUAAACGAAAUCUUUGUUGGUGAAUAUACGAAUAACGAUACUAAUCUAAGAAAUUUAGCUAAUGAAUUAAUUAAGAACAAAUCAUAUUUCCCAGAACAUCCAUUAACAUACAAUUUCUAAAGAUCGACAAUUUUAUGUAAAUUUACUCGUUAAUAGCUGCUUUAAGUUUAUGUAUAUGAAAAUAAAUUAUAAUUU